CGUUUUUGGCACGCGGACAACAGCUCAACCGGACAUCCAAAUUCCGCAAACUGCUACGGUCAGCUACCGAAGAGCUGCGAAAACGCGCAUCACGCGGAUCUGUUACCGCACGCGCCCACCCCGCUCUCAUCUCCAUCAACAGAGAGAGAGAGAGAGAGAGCGCGCAAUCUCACUCGAUCCUCUUUAAAAGAAAUGCUGAUCUUCUAAUCUGUCACCGACAUAGCUCCGCUCCACCUCCUCGGACUCCCCGGAAAGACAGAGACUCGCACUCUGCUGCUCGCUCUCGCGACCGGUACCGGCACCGCUAGCGACGAUGCGCGAUGGGUCAAGCGUGCGGACACUCGCUGCUCUGCCGUAGUCAGCAGUAUCAGCCCACGUCGGACAUACGAGGGCAGCAAGUCUUCCUGAGAGCCGAGGAGCCACCUGUGUUUCCGCACACCUUUCAGGAUGCAUUGCUGCGUCUUGCCUCCAUUGUUGAUGCCAACAGUCUACGGGUGGCCAUUAAGGAGACACUGGGAGCAGUUCUGCCAAAAGUGGAGAGUGUAUUCGUGUACUUGUUGGAGGCGGAGUGUCGGAUGCGAUGCGAGGAUCCACCUCACGAGCUCUGUGCAGAUGGCAAGCUCAGGGAGGUGUUGGAGCACAGGAAGUCAGUGGUGUGUGCUGGUCUGCCAUCUACGGAGCUGCAUGAGAACCACAGGGGCACCCUGGCAGCACCCCUCCCCCCCGACAAACGAGCUGUGAUCAUUCCUUUGGUUGAUGAGGAUGAAAAUGUUGUCAUAUCGCUUGUGCUGGUUUGCUGCCAAAAGCUGACAGAUCAGGAUGAGCAGAAUCUUAAUCUUCUGGAGAAGCACCUUGCCGUAGCCUGUAAAAGAGUCUGGGCAAUACAGAGGUCUUCAGACCGGCCGACAGCCCAAUCCAGUGAUGUAGCUCUCAGAGUCAACACCACCACCACGAAGGAAAGAGACUAUAGAGAAUUGGACCGCAAGAUCCUGCAGCUCUGUGGAGAGCUGUAUGAUCUGGAUGCUGCAUCGCUUCAGCUUAAAGUCAUCCACUAUCUGCAGAAAGAGACUCAGUCUCAGUGCUGCUGUCUUCUACUAGUGUCAGAAGACAACCAUCAGCUCUUCUGCCAGGUAGUGGGAGAUAAAGUUCUGGAAGAGGAGAUCAGCUUUCCUCUGAUGUUCGGCCGCUUUGGGCAGGUGGUGGAGAAAAAGAAACCCAUCACCUUACAGGACAUUAGCCAGGAGGAGCAGCGGCAACUGAGUAGCAUGUUGGGGUUCGAGGCUCACUCUAUGCUGUGUGUACCCGUGGUCAGCCAGGCCACCGCCCAGGUGGUGGCGUUGGCGUGCGCCUUCAACAAGAAAGGAGGACAGAAGUACUCCGACGUGGAUGAACAUCUGGUCCAGCACUGCUUCUGCUACACGUCCACUGUGCUCACCAGCACGCUGGCCUUCCAGAAAGAACAGAAGCUCAAGUUUGAGUGUCAGGCACUACUUCAAGUGGCCAAAAAUCUCUUCACACACCUUGAUGACGUCUCUGUGCUCCUGCAGGAGAUAAUUGUGGAGGCUCGCAACUUGAGCAAUGCUGAAAUUUGUUCGGUGUUUCUCCUUGAUCGCCUCAGUCAUGAACUCGUGGCCAAAGUGUUUGACGGUGGAGUGGUGAACGACGAUGAGAAGGAGUUCCGCAUCCCUGCGGAUCAGGGAAUCGCCGGACACGUGGCCACUACGGGGAAGAUCCUGAACAUCAAGGACGCGUACUCCCACCCGCUCUUCUACCGCGGCGUGGACGACAGCACGGGCUUCCGCACCCGCAACAUCCUCUGCUUCCCUAUCAAAGACGAGAACGGAGAGGUGAUUGGAGUGGCUGAGUUGGUGAAUAAGACUAACGGGCCGUGGUUCAACCGCUUUGAUGAGGAUUUGGCCACUGCCUUUUCCAUCUACUGUGGGAUCAGUAUUGCCCAUUCUCUGCUCUAUAAGAGAGUGCACGAGGCUCAAUUCCGCAGCCACCUGGCCAAUGAGAUGAUGAUGUACCACAUGAAGGUGUCUGAGGAGGAAGUGACGCGGCUGCUGUGCGGCGGCAUCCAGCCCGUCCAGAAGAUCCACCAGGACUUUGCCCAGUUCACCUACACGCCUCGUUCGCUGCCGGACGACAGCACGCCCAUGGGCAUUCUAAGCAUGUUUGAGGACAUGGGCUUCAUAAACACCUACAAGAUUGACCUGCACACGCUGGCCAGGUUUUGUCUGAUGGUGAAGAAGGGCUAUAGGGAUCCUCCCUACCAUAACUGGAUGCAUGCCUUCUCUGUUUCCCACUUUUGCUACCUGCUCUACAAGAACCUAGAACUCUCUGACUACCUCGAGGACAUCGAAAUCUUUGCUCUGUUUGUGUCCUGCAUGUGUCAUGAUCUGGACCACCGCGGGACAAACAACUCGUUCCAGGUUGCCUCUAAAUCUGUUCUGGCAGCCCUUUACAGUUCUGAGGGAUCAGUUAUGGAGAGGCAUCACUUUGCUCAGGCCAUCGCCAUCCUUAACACGCAUGGCUGCAACAUCUUUGAGAAGUUCAACAGAAAGGACUACCAGAGAAUGCUGGACCUGAUGAGGGACAUCAUUCUGGCCACUGAUCUGGCACAUCACCUCCGUAUUUUUAAAGACUUGCAGAAGAUGGCAGAGGCUGGCUACAACCCCAGGAGUGUGACCCACCGUAGUCUGCUCUUAUGCUUGCUCAUGACCUCCUGUGACCUCUCAGACCAGACCAAGGGCUGGAAGACCACCAGAAAGAUUGCCGAGCUCAUCUACAAAGAGUUCUUCUCACAGGGUGACUUGGAAAAGGCGAUGGGGAACAGGCCCAGUGAGAUGAUGGAUCGGGAGAAGGCUUACAUCCCAGAAUUACAGAUCAGCUUCAUGGAACACAUCGCAAUGCCCAUCUAUAAGCUACUCCAGGAGAUUUUUCCACGGUCGUCAGAACUUUACGAGCGUGUGGCAGCCAAUCGCGUGCAGUGGGCGAAAGUUUCUCACAAGUUCACUAUCCGCGGCUUGCCUAGCAACAACUCCCUUGACUUCCUCGACGAGGAGUUUGAGCUGAUGCAAUCCCAGGGUGCAUUUGGGGAUGACGGUCACCGCAUGAAUGGAUGCCUAGAGGAAGACUGUGGCAAGAGAGACCAGUGAUGUCACAGGCCAUCCUGCUGACCAAUGACCGAUGACUCGCACUGAGAAAAGGUAGCCGUUUCUCCUUUUUGUCAUCGUCACGGAGAUGGUUUUGGAGGGAAGACCAGAUUAGGACAUUAACUGGCGGCUGUGUUGAGACACUGAAGUUUGUGGGCGGGGCAUAGAUGCUGCAGCUAAUGAUGUCAUUUCCAUGCAUUCAGAACAUUUGUGCAUCAAGAACAUUUUUUCUUGUUGGUAGAGUCCUCAAGUGCUUGGUGUAGCCUCGUGUUUUCAUAAAAUGUGUCAAAAAAUAUUUCAGAAUGUUCUUUACCAUUUACUUAACCCAUAUUUUGAUAGCUGAACAAAGCCUCAUACAUUUUUUAGUUUUUAUAUUCCAUCCUACUUUCCAAAACGUAAUAAGAUCACAUCUAAAUGUACAUGUACAAUGUAUACAAGCAGA